AUGGUAACACAAAAUCAAGCCGUUCCAGGUUUCGAUGUGGCAAAGGCAGAUGAUAGAGCGAAAGGUCGAACAACCAAGCACGAUUACAGUCAUAUAAAAGUUGUUCAACUAAGGCCAAAAGUGGAGAAGGCUUUAGAAGAGAGGGGAAACUGCCCUGUGCUGACAGCGACGGCUAUCGAUGUCCUUCCUAAGUUGUCAAAGACGGAACUUGUGAGGAUGCACGAACAUCUGCUUUCAGACGAACGCAACCCAGUGCGGAAGCAAGAUGACGACGACCAUGUCAGAAAGGAGCUGAAAAUGAUCAAGCAGCUACUUGUUAAACUCGUGGACGAAGUAAAUCCGGCAAGUGAGAAUAGAAGAAAUUAUCCUGUCGAGGCCGGCGAAGUUCUGGAGCAAGAUCAAGUCUCCUGCGGUCGACAUGAUUCAUCGAGAGCAACCAGAUUAUCAGCUGGGAUGGAAAGGAACAAGGAGUAUAUAAAUAUGGAUAUUGGCAGCGAGGAGCCCAAGUGCGAAGGACACAGCCGUCCUGACACCAAUCCUUCAUCGAUCAAGAGCAUGAUCACUAAGGAAACCAAGGAUCGAACCUACAGAGGCGGCCACAAUAGCGAAAUCCGCUUUGCCUCUCUCAAGUCACUAAACACGAACUUCAGAGAUGCGAAUGACUUCCAGAAUGAAAAAUCACGGGAAGGACCUGACGAAUCACUAGAAUAUUCUGAUGAAUCGGGAGAUUGUGAUGGAUCACAAGUGAUACCCGAUGUUUCAACAGACUCGUCAUCGCAGAUUCCUGUUGCUACUAAGGGAUGGUUCAGCUCGUUUUCUCAGCGAGUUUAUGGCACAAGACAGGAGGAGAAGGAUUGA